AGCCGCGAACCACUCCAGGGAAGUCAGCGGGGCGGGGACAAGCCCGGGAGAUGAGGCUGGCGGCAUGUCUGCGCUAUCGGCUUAAGUCCACUGAAGUAAUUACUGCGGUGGCGGAUGUCCACACAGCCUCCUUGUGGUGGGGGCGCGCGUCCUCACCAGGAGCCCUUCCACCGGCUGAAGAGGGGCAGUGUGCUGGGCUGAGAGCUCAGCUCCACCCUGGGAGCCCACUUGCCCCCCAGGGUCUCAGCUCCCCGCUUCUGGCUAGGAACGGAGGGCAGCCUCCCGGGCUGCCUGGCUCCCUACGCGGGGAGCCUCCAGGCAGCAGCCAGCCUGGGUUUCUCCUCUCAAUUUCAUAGCUCCAGCAUGUGAAAUAGACAAGACAGCCAGCUCUGGAUGUAGUAAAACACUGUGUACAUAGACACUGCCUCCUAAGUACACUGACAUAAGCCCUACUUCUCUCCUGAAGGUGGAGAGACUAUGGGGGUGUAGUAGGGCACUUACAUCAAGAGGACAAGGCUGCAGUGUAUACACUGACAUAAGUAGAUCAACAUAAACUGCCUUUCAAGGACCUAAUUGUGUACGGCAAACCAGGCCUCAGAAUCUGCUGGUUGAGCCAGGCAGAGGUUCUCCCAGUUCCCACCUUGUCCCCUGAGUCUCAGCUGGGAUAUCUAACAUUAAACUCCCAGUUGAUACUUUGUCCCCUUGGCCAGGGAAAAAAAGCUACAAUUCUUGAGCCUACAAUUCUACGUUCUGGCAUAGUUAUAUAUUUGCAACAUGACUGAUCAUAGUCAGCCCGCACCAGUUGCUGUAAAAUACCUUUACUAUUGUGUAACGCUCUUCACUGAGAGACCAAUACCACUUGAUAGUUGAGUUCUCUAUAAAGUUUCCCUGAGUCAUUAAUUUCCCACUUCAAAAUUGGCCAUGACAAAUUUCCAACCAGCAUCAUACUGAGCUUACAUAUAGAAGCAAAGGCAAAACCUGUCCUUCUCUGGGGCACUCCACAGCCCAUGUAACUCAUGACUUGGCCCUAUGCCUGUUGUUGUCAGAUGUCACCAGUGUGGUGCUCUGCUCUGUUUAAUGCUGAUAACAGUUGGCUGCAUGUGUGUGUUUUCUCCCUGUGUGCUAUCCCAGCUCUGCGCAGAUAGCUAGCACAGCAGAUCUCAAGCAAACUGCCCAAUGACCACAGAUUCUAAUAAGGUACGAAGGCACCUAGCCAGGUUUAUUGUCAAAUGAAACACAGUCUCUAGCUCCCUGGAUCAGAUGUCUACAAUUCUGCUAGUACAUAUGUGCUCCCUGACAAUGGACUGGCUCAAUCAGUGGCGGGAAUUGCCACUGCCCCCUAGGCCAGACAGAGACGGAUACAUUCUUAUACGCAGGGCCUCAUCUUACUACACCCAUCUCCAAAAGCAGGACCAGAGGGAAAGGCAACAGAUCACCGUCAGACUGCAACUCCAAACUUUUCAGCAUUGGUACACAAAUCAGUUAUGGGGAAGGUUUUGUGCCUCUACUUCCAAGAAAACUUUAGGGAAGUCCUAGCCUGAAACAGAUUCCCCACCAGGAAUUCUUCCUGCCACACCUCACGGAGGAGUUCAACACCUGUACCACCCGAAAAUAAGAGGAAAGGUGCCUGAACUGAAGAUUGUAUAGCCACCACUGAUAUUCUCAAUAAUCAGAAACGGUAUUUUAUAGAAAUAAAAUGAGAAUUAUCUUUGUUUCCACCAUAGCUUUACAAAGUUGAUAUGCUUUACAUGUCAUUUUCAAGGGUGAUCAAAUGUACCGUGGUGGAUGGACAGGAUGUUAGAACUGGUAUGGAUUAGGGAGGCACUGCUAUAGAAGAGCUGAGCGUGCCCCCAUGCAGGCUGGCACUGAUGGUAGCAUGCUGAGGGAGCCGAGAAAGCUGGAUUGAUACAGACAGGGCACUUGCUGUGAAGGAGGUCACGUAAUCACCAUAAGAUGUUCAUUUCACUGUUUCAGAGGCUAGGAGAAAUCUGUUCAGAUUAGCUAGAGAUAGCAUCUGUAUAUUAAGAGAUGAGCCUGAACUCUUAAGUAUGUGGAUGUUUUGCUCAACCCAUUAUACACAUAGAGGCCAGCUAGCCCAGUUGAGAUCCAGAUCCAAAGUCCAGAAAUUAUUAGAUUUUGGUGGGUUGGUUUAGGCCCAUUUCUACUUUAAAUACGUCCUUCGGCCAUGCCAGGUUAAUACUGAUGAGUUUCUGCCCAAGAUCCAGCAUCAGUUUCCCUGCACACCACACAACUGAUGGGUGAGGCAGAGAAUAGAGAAUACUUCAGCUGCAAAGUGUAAGUAAACAUUGGCUGCACAUUCUGUUUGCUUCUUCAACACUCCAGAGCAAGAGAUGGUAUCGCUAGACUAGGACUUUGGAAGAGGAUACGAAAGGCCUGGCAGGUGGUAGGAUGGUUUUGCCUCCUAGAGGAAUUCUCCACUUUCAACUUCAGAAGAAAACUCUCUGGCUCUCCAGGGGCAGAAUCUGAUCCAAUAUUCACUGAAAGAAUUGGAAUUUUUAACACCUUCAACUUCAGUACUGGGACUUCUACAUUUUCAUCUUGUUUUGUCAUGGCUAUACAUCUAUCUGCAUUUUCCUUUUCACUCUUCCACCACCAAGCCCUGUGAUACACAACAUAGAGCAGUUUCCAUGUUCUUUGGAACAAAUAAAAAACUGAAGUUCAUACGAAUGACCCCUCCUGGCAGUAGGAAGUAGAAGGGCAAACAUCUUGUACAUUUCUAGACAUGUAGGGAAUAAAGGCUACUUUUACUUUAAGAGAGAUAUGACAUCAUAAUGGCCUACAGGUUGUGAUGCCAGAUGCUUUUGACAUCACAAAGAAACUCUUAGCAACUGUUUAAGCAUACACAUGACCAUUUUGUGAUGGAGAUAGAUCUCCCUUGAUUGGCAAAGCAAGAGCAGUGUCUGCUGAACCCUCUUGAUUCCUCAGCUUGAAUGCGUCAGAGUCCUCAGCUCAAACAAAUUCUCAGUUCAAAAUCUCCAGGAUUAGCUUGAAAGCCCCCAGUCCUGAAGCCCAGAAGGCAAGCAAAGAGGUAACAAGUUGGCUGAGAACAUUUCAGAAGCAUUCUGACAACCAAAGCAGGAUGGGUGACUGGAAAAGCUACAUCAAUACCAUUCUAAAGGAUAAGAACAUUGAAGAUGUAGCUAUCGUGGGGCACAGUGACAACAAAUCAGUAUGGGCUUCCAAGCCAGGGGGCCUACUGGCUGCCAUCUCACCUCAGGAAGUGGGCGUGAUCAUAGGCCAUGACAGGAAGGGGUUCCUGCAGACAGGGAUUACCAUAGCUGGCAAGAAGUGCAGCGUGAUCCGUGACUACUUGCUUGUGGAAAAAGAUGCUGUGAUGGACACCAGAACCAAGGAGGGUGACAGCAAGUCCAUCUGUAUUGGCAAGACCCCCAGAGCCCUGAUCUUCCUCAUGGGCAAAAAGGGAGUCCAUGGAGGAGCCCUCAACAAGAAGGUUCAUGAGAUGAUUGCAAGCAUGAAAGCCCAGAAUAGCUAGAACAAAGGACAUAGAUACUGCUUUCCU